CAGAGGGAGAGAGAGAGAGAGGGGGAGACUGGGGCCGCAUGCGUUGUGGUUUCUUUUAUAAUCGCCCAUGCAGUCUGCGAGAAACCCUCACCACCACCACCACCAACAACACUCAUCAUCAUCAUCAGCAGCGCCGUCAUCAGUGACAGCAAGCCAGCAGCAGCACCAGCGAUCUCAUAAGCGGCAUCAACAUUUGUAUCUGCAACAGCAGCCGCGUUCGCAGCAGCAACAGCAGCUGCAACAGCAACAGCAAGAGCAGGGGCAAGAAUCAUUAUCUGUCAAAUGAGCACCAACAACGAUUGCAGCAACAUCGCAGAAGCAGCAGCAGCAGCAUCAUUAGGAGUGAGAGCAACAUCGCAGAAGCAACAGCGUCGUCAACAGUAGCCGCAGAAGUCGCAUCAACUACAGCAAGCAACGACAAGUCAACACCGUCGCUUGCUGGCAACAUCGCCAACACCACCAGCAGCAGAACCACCACCACCACCAUCAUCAUCUCAAUCACUUCAAGCAUCACCAUCACAACCGGCAUCACCAUCAGUACCACCAUCAUCAACAGCACUUCCUACACCUCCAGUGUCAUCACCGCCAUCACCCCUCCAACAUCAUCACCAUCACAACAACGAGCACCACCACCCCAUCACCACCACCACUCCAUCACCACCACCACCCCACCACCACCACCCCCCCACCACCACCACCACCACCCCCCACCACCACCACCACCCCCGUGGUCGUGGCGAUGUUGAGACGAGAGCGAGUGAGGAUGUCGGAGCGGCUGGAGGCGACCGUGGCGGCUCUGUGUGAGCUGCGCGUCCUGCGCGAGCGCCAGGACCGCCUCGUCCACUGCGAGUUGACGGCUGCGCGGGGCCCCGAGCCCGAAACGUCGGGGUCGAGCCCGGGGUCGAGCCCGGGGGGGUCCCGGGGGGGUCCCGGCGACACGGAGCGACCGCUGGGAGAGGCGCUCGAGCUGCUGCGGGAUCAGCUGCGCUCACUGCGCCGUCGUGACGCCAGCCUCUACCUGCAGCUCAAGAGUCUGGGGGACCGACUCGGGGAGAUGGGACUCGGUGGGCCGGCACAGGCGCUGGAUCGACGGCGAGAGGAAGCCAUGUUCGAGCAACUAGGCGAGGAGAGGCCUGGGCGCGUCACGCAGGCCCCGCCGCGGUUGCCGGGCGGAGCCGAGAGGCGGAGCAGCCGGAGGAGGCCGAGCUCCGGUUUCUCCGAGUGGAGCGGAGGACCCGAUCGCCGCGUCGGCUCCGAAUCCGACGAAUCAGAGGGCAGCGACGAGCAGGUCACGACCCCGGGCAGCUGGGAUCACAGCGAUCCUGCAUCCCCGGUGAGCCCCGGCACUCGCCGCUUUGCUCGGGACGUGCCCAGCCUGGACGGCUCGGGGCUGUACCGCUACCCGAGCGCGCUGCACGCCGUGGCCAUCCAGAGCCCCGCGCUGUUGCUGCUCCGUGACGGCGACGCCCCCCCCGGCGAUUCCACCGAAUCCAGCGAACCCGGAGGAGCCGGUGCACUUGACACGUCCGGCACGCCCCCAACACCUCGCGCGUCUGCCAAUUCCGGCGCGGCUGGAGCUCUCCGCGCAUCCGGCGCGUCUGGGGGAUCCGGCACGUCCGGCAAAUCCGGUCGGUCUGGCAUGACGUCCGGCAUAUCGAGCCGAUCGAGCACGUCCGGUGAAGCCGGCACAUCAUCCGGCACAUCAUCCGGCACAUCAUCCGGCGGAGCGUGCACGACUGGAGAAUCCGCCGCCCCUGCCGCAACUUCCACCGACGGAGAAGCCGCGCCGCGCUCCGCGCCGUUUGCCGAGCGUCUCCCGUCGGCCGGCAAGCCGGACGAUUACAUCGCCCGCCUCCUGGAGAGGAGGAAGUGGCGGCAAGCGGCGGCGGGGGUGGCGGCGAAGGCCCCGGCGCUCGCCUCGUCGAAGGCCGCCGCCGCCUCGUUCUCCUCCUCGCUGUCCUCGUCCUCGUCGUCGUCCAGCAGGGGCUCCUCCGUGCCGUCGCUCCCGGCCGCGGCGAACGCCGCCGCCGGAGAAGAUUCCGAGAUGAGCGUGAGGUUGUCGCUGCGCUCCCCCCCUCUUCCCCCUCCUCCUCCCCCUCCUCUCCUCCUGCCUCAUGUCCUCCCGACCGCAUCGCCGUUGCCGUCGUCGUCAUCGUCGUCCAGUUCGAAAGCUUCCGUCCCCCCUCCGCCACCGGCAGCACCGCCGCCGCUGCCGCUGCCGUCGCCGCCGCCGUCGCCGUCGCCGCCGGGUCGGCGCGCGACGCGGCUGGUGGCGAGCGUGCCGCCGAUGAAGCACGGCAUCGUGCGCGGCGUCUCGCAGUUCCUCACCGGCGGGCGCCUGCACGCGGGCAAGCGCGCGGCGAACAAGCAGCAGCCGCAGCCGCAACAACAGCGGCAACCGCAGCCGCCGCCGCCGUCGAAGGCCGCCGUGCGCCGCUGCAAGUCGGCGUCGCUCGACCGCGUCGCCGAGUGGCGGCCGCCGCCGCCCAUCGAGUCGGCGCCGUUCAAACGCGCCACCACGUUCGGGGCGCCGGGCCGGAACAGGGGCGACGGCGGCGGCGGCGGUUUUGGCGGCGGCACGGGGCGUCCGCUCGUCUCCACGUCCUCCCGCUCCAUCUGGGACUUCUUUGCCGCCGAGAGGGGGAAGAUGGCGGCGGCGGCGGCGGCCGAGUGCGCGGACUACGCGGCGCCGCUGUCCGUGCGCCGCCUGUGCCGGGCCGGCGACGCCGGCGGGGACUGGGCGCCGCUCGUGGGCGGAAGCUGCGGCAGCUGCUGCUGCUGCUGCGAGGAAGUGACGAGCUGCGGCUGCCCGGGGUCCUGCGACGGCGACAACGACGACGACGAUGACGAUGGCGGCGGUGACGACGAUGGUGGUGGUGGUGGUGGCUUCGCCUCGGCCGACCGCUGUUACCCCAGCGCCGCUGGUUUCCACGACAACCGCUUCGGCAGUGGAGGACCCCUGCAAGGGAAUGCCGGUUUCCGCGGCGACGGCUUUUGUUUUAACGAUGGCGGCGGAAACGGUUUCCGCGGCAACAGUUUCCACGGCAACGGUUUCCGCGGCGACGGUUUCCACACCGACGGUUUCCACGCUGACGGUUUCCACGCCGACGCUUUCCCCCGCAGCGGUUUCCAGGGGCACAGUUUCCACGGCGUCGCCAAGCUCCCCCACGGCAGCAACGGUCUCCGCGGCAACCCGAUGCACGCGGGUAGCGCCGGUUGCCUCAGGGACGGUUUCCUCGGAGACGGUUACUGUGGCGACGCCUGGCGCCGCGGCGACGCGAGGCCGCAGCAAGGCAAGGCGAGCACGGGGUUCGGACCGGGCUGGGGGCGGCCGGGCGCCGGAGUGGCGGGGCCGCAGGCCGGCGGUGGCUGGUGGGGGGCCGGCCCCGGCGGCCUGGGGGUCGCGGGGGGCCGGUUCAAUGGGCCGGGGCCCCAGGUGAGCGUGGCCCACGUGGUGCCCGUGGGGCCGGCGGGGCUGGAUGGGCCCGCCGCGCGCAGGAGGGCGCUGCUGCGGUGCCACUCGGUGGAGCCGGCGCUCACCACCACCGUCUGAAGCGGACACCAUUGCUCCCCGCAUCUCCCGGCGUGUCUCCCGGCGUGUCUCCCGGCGUGUCUCCCGGCAUGUCUCACUGCGUGUCUCCCGGCGUGUCUCCCGGCGUGUCUCCCGGCGUGCCUCCCGGCGUGUCUCCCGGCGUGUCUCCCUGCGAGUCUUCCGGCACGGUCUUUGAAUCUUAAUGGGUGUCCCUGGGUGUCCCUGGGUGUCACUGGGUGUCUCUGGGUGUCAGUGUGUGUCUGUGUGUGUCCCUGGGUGUCCCUGGGUGUCCCUGUGUAUCCCUGGAUGUCCCUGAGUCUCUCCAAACUCGCUGGGUGUCCCUGAGCAUCUCUGGGGUUGUCUCGAGGUGUCUUCAAAGUUUGGGGUGUCUCUGCGUCUCCAGUUUUCUCGAAUCACCAAUCUUCCUAAGUGUCCCUGACGGUCUCUGGGGAGUCUUGAGUAUCUCCAAGUCUCCCUGCGGUCUCCCCCUCUCUCUCUCGAGGUGUCCAAGGCUUUCUCCAGACGUCUUGGACGUGUCUCUCGAUGUCUUCAAUCAUCCGGUGGCUGUACACCCAAAGGUGUCUGUGUGUUUUAGACCUCCUUGAAUGUUUCCGGGUGUCCCGGAGUUUUAGUUUAUUUGAGUUGUUACACGAUGACGCUGAUGACGACAACGAUGAUGACGAUGAUGAUGAUGACGAUGAUGAUGAUGACGAUGACGAUGAUGACGAUGAUGAUGACGAUGAUGAUGACGAUGAUGAUGACGACGAUGAUGACGAUGACGACGACGAUGAUAACGAUGAUGACGAUGAUAAUGACGAUGAUGAUGACGAUGAUCUCACCGUGUAGCCGCAUUUUCCCGGCUAUUUCACAAAAGGGAGAUCCGUGGUUCAUGCACGAGCACAGCAACAACAAUAACAACAAACAUAUCCUAGACACCGUGAUGAUGAUGAUGAUGAGAGGGAGACCCGCAAACUCCAAAUAUACAGCAGCAGGCGUCAGGGUCAGGAUCGAAUCCACGACCUCAUGUACACCAGGCGAGGUAGUUAACAUCUCCUAGCCACCAUGAUGAUGAUGAUGCGAGAGAGAGACACGCAAACUCCACAUAUACAGCAGCAGGCGUCAGGGUCGGGAUCGAAUCCACGACCUCCUGUACACCAGGCGAGGUAGUCAACAUCUCCUAGCCACCGUGAUGAUGAUGAGAGAGAAACACGCAAACUCCAAAUAUACAGCAGCAGGCAUCGUCAGGGUCGGGAUCUAACCCACGACCUCCUGCGUACCAGGCGAGGUAGUUAACAUCUCCUGGCCACCGUGGCGUUUGGCGCACCGUCACUUUUUAAAUCCCCGCGGUGAGAACGGUCGGCGCAAACCCGCGACAGAUUCACCUCCCUUCUCCACUGGACACAACCGAGCCGUUCCGGCGUUGAUUUUUUUUUCCACUUCUGAAGCCGAGCCGAGCCCUGCCCACUGACGUCACGCGCGAUGGGCGUGGCCAACUGACGUCACGAGCGAUGGGCGUGGCCAACGAACCAACGCGUCGUUCUGGCCACGCCCCCUGGCCCUGCUUGGCCCUCACCCCCUUCCCGGCCUGCAGACGCCGUUUCGCUUCCCGGCUCGGCACGGGCGAGCAGCCGGUGGGGGGGGGGGGAAUGAAACCUUCCCCGUGCGUACGUAGCGUGCGUAUGUACGCACGUGCGUUGAACUUCUUUCGCACCGUACGUAACCAAACCGCGCCAAUCGGUCAGUAUCUCAUGCGCACCCCCCCCUCCACCGCCAACCCGUGCCCCCCCCCCCCCCCCGCAAGGCAACUUACUGCCCUCGCGUUCGCGACGGAUCUUACUGGAUGUCCCCAAGUGUCUCUGCGUGUGCCUGGGUGUCGUGGUGGAGGGGGGGGUAACCGGCGCUGUUGAGCGCACGAGCCGACCACGUGGUCGGGGUGACCGGUGAGGU